GGAAUAUUUCCCGUCACCAGACCGGCCGAUUUGCUGGCGUCGACGGGUGGAUGGCAGGCUGGCUUAUCGGCUGGCCCGUGCCAAUACUUCCCCGCAUUUCACCUAAUUGGAAUCGGGGAGCACUGCACUCACUGUAGUGGGUGGUAGCGAUGUGGUAAGCCGCCUGGGGCGGUAAGUGCACUUCGAUUAGCGGGCUUCCUUUGGGGGGGCUCCAGUGCACCUUCCUGAUUUGCCUUGCCCGCCACCGUCACGGCGGCUUGGCAGCCACACGGCGGCGUCUUAUCUCUUGGAUUGGGAAGCAGCCGCCGAGAUCUGGUGCCUGCCACCACGACUUGGCGGACGUUUUCUCUUGGCACAGUGCUUGUCGUGUGCAAAUUCCGCACUAGAUGCGCGCGGUGAACCAAGGAAGACUGGAGGCGGCCUUGGCCACCGUCACUACCGUCACUACCUACAUCCAGGUGCGCCGUGGCUGCGAACGCGCCCUGACUGCGAACACACAGUUCGAGACACCGAGGAUGCGUCCCCAAUCUAUCGCAAGGUUGAACGUCAAAGUGCUACCGGUAACCGUACCGAUGGCGGUGCCUCGUGGUGUCCCUGCCGCCCGGGGGCCUGUAAAAAUCCAUGCAGGCCUGCAGGACCCUAGCUGCCCGUCAGGCAUGGACCCGGCUCGGCGACUGACGCCAUUCGCGCCAUAGGCCCUUUUGCCAUAACGGGCAGGCACGGUGACCUUCACAGCUUGGCACGCCCAAUCUCACAAUCUCGCUCGCUGUGAAUGGCCGCAGCAGCGUGGCGGGUGGAUCAACAGCUUCGGCGAAGGAGCCUGCACUGCUGCAGACCAUCGAUAGGCUCGAAUCAUGUGUUGGCCCUGUGUUGGCCCUGUGUUCGGUGGGAUGCAGAGCUGUCGAUUUCCUCGGGCAGACGGACCCAACACGACUCUAUCGGAGCUAAUUAUUGGGGACUUGGGUUGCAUUGUGUGUGCUCUGGAAUCUGGAUGACAGUCAGCUUUACAUCAACAAACGGACGGGGUCCAUGUCUGUCUAGCCUGGCCGGGGCCGCCUGCCUGCCUCUGCCUGCCAUCCAAAGACGUUGUGGAUCACCCGUCGUGCUGCGUGGGCGUGGGCGUGGGCGUGGGGAACAGGCCAGGUCGCAUAGCCAUCUGGCCGUGAUUGGCAUGCGCGUCCAGCCGUCCACUUUC